AUGGCUACUACCCUACAAAGCCUCGUCACGUUGUUUCUUUUCUUGGGGUCUACAUUUGCGUAUCAGUUGAAGGCUAUUGAUUUCGCUCAGAACUCGUUCAACUUGGCCACACUAGAAUUUGACUCAAAAUGGAAAUUGCACACCGGUGAACAACUAGACCUGCCAAGUGAUCUUUACAGAAUAUGUUUGGACGAAGGCUGCUUCAAUUACAAAAGACUAAGUUCUCCAAUUGCACAGGAUAUCAAGCUGACUAUCAACAAACACAACGACAUCGAAAAUGUAGCCUUCUUCGAUGCUAGUCAGAAAGGUCUUAACCUAAUAGUUGAACAAAUUCGACAGGCACCAAUUCCCAAACUACCAAGAAAAGAAAAGAAAAUCAAAAAAAUCAGAUCCGAUAACAAGCUGGAACUCAAGGAAGUCAUAGACGAGGAGGCAGAAGUAAAUGUUGAUAACCGUUCAUUCAUUCAAAAAUAUUGGAUGUAUAUUGUUCCGGCAUUGCUAAUUAUGCUAAUAUCUGGAAAUCAAAACCAAUAG